UGUGUGUCGCUCCCUUUUGUGCGGCUCGAUGCUUCGACUUGAGCUGCGAUUUCCAGGCGAAAAACAAACAAACAAGCAAACAGAACAAACUGCGUUCGCGAAGAACAUUCGAGUUACACUUAGGUUGUAGAUGAGCGUCGAAAACUGCAGACAGAUGAAAACCGGGAGAAAGUGAAUUUCAGGCAUUUGGAGGCACUUUUGUUCUUUGAAUUGCUGCUGCUGCUGCUCUUUGUGCUGCCGGCUGCAGCUUUCUCCCUGUGGGUAUAAAGGCCUCCAAGAUAGAUUCCCUCAGGAGUAAGGUGGACUUGCUGCGCCUCCCUCUGGCCCUCUCCUCCAAGUCCAUCAGCGACCGCAAGAGCCAGCUGGGCGUGGUGUGGGAGAAAGGCGGCGGCUCGGGGGCAGGACGGGCUCAGAAACCCCGCCCGCCGCCAGCCUGCGACAUGGACAACGAGUCGAUUUACUCGGGCUACUCCUUCAAGUCGUCCCACUCACGAAGCUCCCGCAAACACAGAGAGAGGAGAGACAGGCAUCGAUCAAAGAGUCGCGACAGCAGCGUCCGUGGAGACAAAUCAGUGACCAUCCAGGCUCCUGGAGAGCAGCUGCUGGAUGCUGAGUCCACCAGAGGAGACGACAGGGAUGACAACUGGGGCGAGACCACCACGGUGGUCACCGGCACCUCCGUGGACAGUAUCUCCAACGAGGACCUGACACGGAUCUCUAAGGAUCUAGAGGAGUCCUCGCCGCUGGAGUGUCGCCGUUACUUAGGCCUUGCACUGGGCGCCAUUUUGGGGCUCUUUGCUCUGGUCACUCCUCUGGCCUUCUUGGCCCUUCCACAGCUACUGUGGCGGGACUCACUUGACCCUUGCGGCACUCCAUGUGAGGGCCUUUACAUUUCUCUGGCCUUUAAGCUCCUGAUCCUCUUCAUCUCCACCUGGGCGCUGUUCCUCCGCCCGCCCAGAGCCGCUCUGCCGCGCUUCUUCAUCUUCCGCUGUCUGCUGCUGGCGCUGGUCUUCCUCUUCGUGGCGUCCUAUUGGCUCUUCUACGGGGUGCGGGUGCUGGAACCCAGAGAGACGGACUACAGGGGAAUUGUGGGAUAUGCAGCGUCUCUGGUGGAUGCGCUGCUGUUCAUUCAGUACCUGGCCCUGGUGCUGCUGGAAGUCAGACACCUGCAGCCUGCUUUCUGUCUGAAGGUCGUGCGGACCACAGAUGGAGCCAGUCGCUUCUACAGCGUGGGACAUCUCAGUAUUCAGCGGGCGGCAGUGUGGGUUCUGGACCAGUACUACAGUGACUUCCCGGUCUAUAACCCCGCCCUGCUUAACCUGCCGAAGUCCAUCCUUACUAAGAAGAUGUCUGCCUUCAAGGUCUACAAUCUAGGAGAAGAGAACAACACCAAUAACUCCACGGGGCAGUCCAGAGCCAUGAUCGCAGCCAACGCUCGGAGAAGAGACAACUCCCACAACGAGUACUACUACGAGGAGGCGGAGGUGGAGCGGAGGGUCCGCAAACGCAAGGCCAGACUGGUGGUGGCAGUAGAAGAAGCCUUCACCCAUAUCAAGCGUUACCAGGAAGAGGAGGCGAUGGCAUCCUCACCCAAACACCCGCGGGAGGUGAUGGACCCCAGGGAGGCAGCUCAGGCCAUCUUCGCCCCCAUGGCGCGGGCCAUGCAGAAGUACCUCCGCGCCACCAGGCAGCAGUCCUACCACAGCAUGGAGAGCAUCAUCAACCACCUGCAGUUCUGCAUCACGCACAACAUGACCCCCAAGGCUUUCCUCGAGCGUUACCUCAGCCCAGGUCCCACCCUCCAGUACCUGGACAACGGUAGGGGGCGCCAGUGGACACUUGUGAGCGAGGAGCCGGUGACGGCCUCCCUGCGUCAAGGCCAGGUCUUCACCCUGAAACGCCUGGACUUCUCCCUGGUUGUCACGGUGACGCCGCUUCCCUUCCUGCGCCUCGGCGAGGAGUUCAUUGACCCCAAAAGCCACAAGUUUGUCAUGAAGCUUCAGUCAGAGACGUCUGUGUAGGAGGAGGGAGAUGAGAAGUGGACGGAGCAAAGGAAGAUGGUGAAUCAAAGAUACUAAUCUCACUGCCUACAGGGUAUCUUUUUAUACCUUUUUGUAUUACAUUUUUUAUGGUUUUUAUUUGUUGAUUACUGUGACACCCAAAUGUGCAAAGUGGACAUGGAUAAAGUAUCAUAGACUUAAAGAAAAUACCCCAUCUCUGACCUUGUUCCUCUUUUGUUUCGUCAGAACAAAGCUAAAUCUGCACCCAUCCCUCAAACUGCUGACUGUUAACUUGUGAGAAUGCACUACAGACUGCUUUCACUUCCCAUUAUAUUAAGGAAGGCUGUUCUUCGGUAGUAUUUCAUUACAAAUUUAAUAAAUGUGUAUAUUCUUUUGAUAAAAUCCCAUGGCUGGAGAAGGAAUGACCUCUUGUCUUCAUAAAUACAGUGCUGCACAGCUGACCUUUUUCAUGCUCAGGCUUAUUUUUAGCUCACACUGUGUCAAAGCUGAUCUUACUUCUUAUUUCCCCUCUUACUUGAACUUCUCGUUCACUGCCUUGACAGGCUUUAAACGCACGGCAAAAAACUCAACUGAAAGCUUCCCUGGCCUUUUCUCACCGGCAGGAUUGACCUACCGAAUCAAAGAGAGAUGAAACCACCUCUGAAUUCCUUCCUCAUUUUUGUUGAUUCCACUCAACUGCUUACUGGAAAGUGGAUAUACAUACUUUCCAGUGAAACUAUGAAGUAAAACACUGGAUGGACUCGAUGCACUGCGCAUUUCUUUGUGUUAUUUCCUGUUUAGUUUUGAUUGAAUCACUUUUCAUUUAUGUAGGUGAAUGAAAAGUUCUACCUACAUGAAUGUGUUUUGUUGCACUGGCAACAAAUGUAAGCACAAGUGUGUGUACAAUGAAGAACCAGUUUGUGUUCAGUAACACUGGUAACCCUGGUAGUGGAUGUUUUCACCUCUGCAUAUUUAAUCUUAAUAAGCUCAGGCACAACACAGCAAAGUACUGCCGUUGUGCUUCUUUUUGGCAGCUUCAUUUUAAUUACUGUCUGAUAUUUUGCAAAAUCAGCGUGGGAAUGCGUGCAGACUUUGUUUGACUAUAUCUGUCGGUCUGAAAACAGAGGUCCGUCAGCUUUGUGGGGACUAAAAUGCUGGACAAGAUUAAAUGGCUGUUUGAGGGUUAAGACUCGGUCCGAGGGUUUGGGUUGUGAUGGUUAAGGUUACAGUAAGGGGUUGGGGAAUGCAUUAUGUCACUGACGGGUCCCCAUGAAUGUAUGAAUAUGAGAUGUUCACUUUGUUAUCCAGUAUAGAAAAUUCACAUUUAUGAAGCCAGAACCAAUGAUAUCUUUUGUUACUGUUUUUGCUUCAGAAAUACUUAACAAUCCAUCAGUUAUCAAAAUAGUUACAGAUUGAUUUUCUGUUGAUAAACUAACUGAUUAAUCGACUGAUCAUCCACCUCUACAGUUCUGGUCCGUCUCUGGGAGUCUGAAGAACUAAUGAAAAGCUGCUGUAUGAAUUUUGGGGGGGUCAACAGGGGCCCCUACUGUAUCUGGACUUGAGCUGCUCGCAUUUGUGCAUCUUCUGUCACUCAAACAUGUUCUUUUUACACUAAAAAUAGAGAUUGCCGUGCCAAUCACAAGCCGUUUACAUGUACAUUUUGAUACAAUUUUCUAAGCUUGUAUUUUUCCUGUUUUUUUUAAUCGAUUCAUUUGCUGUCACUUUAUUGUACUGAAACUAAGCUCCUAACAUGUAUCUGUUAUCUGCCACUUAGGGCUCUGUAAAAGGUUUU